UUUCUUCAUUCUGCCUGCAUCUCCUCGCCGGUGUGUGGUAACCCUACACGUUACUCAUUUUUUGAUUGUUCCAAUCAAACAACACUUUAGGAAAUGAGUGGGGACCAGAUCGACUGUGGCUCUCGUUUCAAUGACUCUCACAAGCAUAAAGACAAGUACAAAGAGAAGGAACACAAACAUAAGGACCACAAGAAGGAUAAGGAAAGGGAGAAAUCAAAGCAUGGCAACAGCGAUCACAAGGAGUCCGCUGACAAAAAACACAGAGACAAGGAGAAGGAGAAGAUGAAGCAGAAAGAUGGCAGCGCAGACAAAUACAAGGACAAGCACAAGGAGAAGAAGAUGAAGCCCCUUGAUGGUAAAGUCAAAAAGGAGAAUGGCUUUGCCAGCCCUCCACCACAAGUGAAGUCUGAGCCUGAGGAUAAUUUUUACCACUCUCCUAAACUAGAGAAGUCUCUAAAACGAGAACGGGACGACGAGAACGGCUCUGAAUUCAAGGCCAAAAAAGUUAAGAUUGAAAAUGACAAGAAGGUCAAGAAAAAGAAACCAGAGGAGGAUAUUAAGCCCAAAAAGACAAAAAACAAAAGGGCAGCUGCUGAUGGAAAAAAGAAAGCAAAGAAAGAGCCAGAGGAGAAGUGGAAAUGGUGGGAGGAGGAGCGAUACACAGACGGCGUCAAAUGGAAGUUUCUGGAACACAAAGGACCCGUUUUUGCACCACCGUACGAGCCUCUUCCUAGUCGAGUCAAAUUUUACUAUGACGGUAAGCACAUGAAGCUAAGCCCAGAGGCAGAGGAGGUGGCCACGUUCUUUGCCAAAAUGCUGGACCACGAGUACACCACAAAGGAUAUCUUCCGCAAAAACUUCUUUAAAGAUUGGAGGACGGAAAUGAAUGCAGAGGAAAAGACUAAGUUGACAGACCUGAAGAAGUGCAACUUCAAUGAGAUGAGCGACUACUUCAAGGCUCAGUCUGAAGCCAGGAAGAACAAGUCAAAGGAUGACAAACUGAAAUUAAAGGAGGAGAAUGAGCGGCUCUUGCAGCUGUACGGCUUCUGCAUCAUGGACAACCACAGGGAACGUAUUGCAAACUUUCGCAUCGAGCCCCCGGGCCUGUUCCGCGGCCGUGGAGACCAUCCCAAGAUGGGAAUGCUCAAACGUCGCAUCAGGCCCAAUGACAUCAUCGUCAACUGCAGCAAGGACUCCAAGCACCCGGAGCCGCCUCCAGGCACUAAGUGGAAAGAGGUUCGACACGACAACAAGGUCACUUGGCUGGUGUCGUGGACGGAGAACAUUCAAGGCUCGAUCAAAUACAUCAUGCUGAACCCCAGCUCAAGGAUCAAGGGAGAGAAGGAUUGGCAGAAGUAUGAAACUGCUCGUCAACUGAAGAAAUGUGUGGACCGCAUCAGAACCCAGUACCGCGAAGACUGGAAGUCUAAAGAGAUGAGGAUCAGACAAAGGGCCGUGGCCCUCUACUUCAUCGACAAGCUGGCACUGAGAGCGGGUAAUGAGAAGGAGGAAGGAGAGACUGCGGACACCGUGGGCUGCUGCUCGCUGAGAGUCGAGCACAUCAAACUCUAUCCAGAGAACGAUGGUCAAGAGUUUGUGGUGGAGUUUGACUUCCUUGGUAAAGACUCCAUUCGCUACUACAACAAAGUCCCUGUGGAGAAACGGGUUUUUAAGAAUCUUCAGUUGUUCAUGGAGAACAAGGAGCCUGAUGAUGACCUGUUUGAUCGCCUGAAUACUUCUGUUCUGAACAAACAUCUUCAGGAGCUGAUGGACGGACUGACGGCCAAAGUCUUCCGUACCUACAACGCCUCGAUCACCCUGCAACAACAGCUGAAGCAGCUCACAAGUGCGGAAGAGAACCUUCCAGCCAAGGUCUUGUCCUACAACAGGGCCAACAGGGCGGUGGCCAUCCUGUGUAACCAUCAGCGGGCUCCACCAAAGACAUUUGAGAAGUCUAUGCAGAACCUGCAGACUAAGAUUGAUGUCAAACGGGGCCAGCUUUCUGAUGCCAAGAGAGAACUGAAGAGCUCAAAGGCUGAUGCCAAAGUACGGAGAGAUGAAAAAUCCAAAAGGACCGUGGAGACGAGGAAGAAGGCGGUUGAGAGGAUAGAAGAUCAACUGAUGAAGCUGGAGGUGCAGGCGACUGAUCGGCAGGAGAACAAGCAGAUUGCUCUCGGCACUUCCAAGCUCAACUAUCUGGACCCUCGCAUCUCUGUGGCUUGGUGUAAGAAGUGGAGCAUUCCCGUGGAGAAGAUCUACAACAAAACCCAGCGGGAGAAGUUUGCCUGGGCCAUCGACAUGGCCGACGACGACUUUGAAUUUUAAAUCCCAGUUUGUGGUUUUAAACUAUGAUACACGUUUUUUUUUAUCGGAUACUUCGUUUUUUAGCUUAACUGAAUUUUGCUCGAUGGCCAGACCUGAUCGGGAAGUUUGAUCAGAAAAACAGCGGCGACGCGGUAAUGCGAGAUAAUGAGGCCAUAAUGACGUGGCAGGAGGGUAUUGUGGGUAGUCUAAACAUCUGAUCUGAGAUCAGGCAUCAAGGCUGAACUAUACCCACAACUGAGCAUCAAGGCAAUGGUCUCAGUAAGUGGAACCUUUUUACCGUUUGUCUCUCCUCGGGGACGAAACUUGACAUUGCCUGAACUUUGAACUCUGUGGUCCUAUCGCUACUGUAUACAGCAAAAAACAAAACAAAAAAAGCUUUGUAACAUUUUAUUUUCUCUGUUCACUUGCUCUGUAUUUUAGCCCUCCCAUGUAUUAUUAUUAAUGAAUUCUAUAUUUUGAUAGACAAAGUUAAAUCAAAUGAAUUCCUUAACUACACCCACGCGCCUUUCGAGGAAACGGAGAUCUUAGCCUGAGUUGUGUGCGUGCGUGUGCGUGUGUGUGUGUGUGAGGGGCUCGGCCAUGGAAUCGAUUGGGUGAAUAUUUUAAACUGGACUAUGUUGAAUUGUUGAGCAUGAAAGAGGAUGUUUUGGCAGGCAAAGGGGGACAAUACUGCAAACCAUGUCAAUAUUUACUUAAGCAAGCAGAAUGUGAAUAUUUAGUUUUACAGCCUCCAUCAGGGACUUCUUUUACGGUGUAAAUGUGAACCAAUCAUUUGUGUCCUUUUUUUUUUUUUUUUUUUUUUUUAAGUCGCAAGCAUCCUCUGAAUCUCUCUGCAUAGCUCUGUCUACAUCUGAUUUUAACUUAAUUUAACAAAUGCUCCCAGAAAAAAACAAACUCCCGUAUCUGUUACUUGAAGAUAAUGCUAUGAUAAUGUAUUUAAAGUCAUUAAAUGGAAAGUGUUUUUCUUCCCAGAAAAAAGGGUAUGUGAGGGAUAUCGACUUUGCCAAAAAAAAAUCACCAAUCUGUUACA